CGAAUCAAAUCGACAGAACCUCACAGCCUUACACUAAAUAAAAUCUCAUGAACGGAAUAACGAAUAAUCUGUCUCACUGUGAGCUUGAAGGGCCAUUUCUUCUUGGUGUAAAGAGAAGGAAUAGAGCCUGAGUGGAUCAUUCAUUCUUCCGUCCAAUGGCUUCUUCUUCUAUCAUCAAUUCAUUGAUUUCCCCUCUCUGCUCCUCCAGCUCUAAUUCCAAAUCAGGUGUCUUCGUCUUGAAUUCUUCGCCCAGUUCUCUGGGACGCCUUCCAUCUCUUAACUCGAAGAAGAGCAGCAAUUUCUAUGGGACAUUCUCUUCCUCUUCUCUCUCUGUUACUUGCAAGGCGGUAUCAGUUAAGCCACAGACUGAGAUUGAAGACCUUAACAUCGCUGCAGAUGUAACUCAGCUGGUAGGUAAGACUCCCAUGGUCUACCUCAACAAUAUCGUCAAGGGGUGUGUGGCAAACGUUGCUGCUAAGCUUGAAAUGAUGGAACCAUGUUGUAGUGUCAAGGACAGGAUUGGAUAUAGUAUGAUUUCUGAUGCUGAGCAGAAAGGGCUUAUUUCGCCAGGAAAGAGUACUUUGGUUGAACCUACCAGUGGAAACACAGGAAUUGGUCUUGCAUUUAUUGCUGCUUCAAAGGGAUACAAACUAAUAUUGGCAAUGCCAGCUUCGAUGAGUCUGGAGAGGAGAGUUCUUUUAAAAGCAUUUGGAGCAGAAGUUGUAUUAACGAAUCCAGCAAAAGGCAUGAAGGGAGCAGUUGAGAAAGCUGAAGAGAUUUUAAAAAAGACACCAAAUGCUUAUAUGCUUCAUCAAUUUGACAAUCCUGCUAACCCUAAGGUACACUAUGAGACAACCGGUCCAGAGAUAUGGGAAGAUACUAAAGGCAAGUUGGAUAUUUUAGUUGCAGGAAUUGGAACAGGUGGCACAAUUACUGGUGUUGGCCGGUUUCUGAAAGAGAAAAAUCCAAAUAUUAAGGUUAUUGGCAUUGAACCUACUGCAAGUAACGUAAUUAAUGGAGGAAAGCCUGGAUCUCAUAAAAUUCAAGGAAUUGGAGCUGGUUUUAUACCCAAUAAUUUGGAUGAAAGUGUAGUUGAUGAAGUCAUCGAGAUAUCCGACGAAGAAGCUAUUGAGACGGCAAAACAAUUGGCACUGCAGGAAGGCUUACUGGUUAGUGUACUCGGUGGGCCUUUCUUCUGGAGGAACAGCAGCUGCUGCAUUGAAAGUGGCAAAAAGACCUGAGAAUGCUGGAAAGCUUAUUGCGGUUGUAUUCGCCAGCUUUGGAGAACGAUACCUUUCCUCGGUCCUUUUCCAAUCACUCAGAGAAGAAUGUGAAAAUAUGCAACAUGAGCCAUGAAGUACAUUUUAUUUGGCCUCCAAUUCAUCACACCUAUGCACGAAGGAUAGAAGUGGGAUGGGAGACGAAGCUGGCCAAGUAAUAAGUUUUUGUUGGCUGGCUUUGUUUAUUUACAAUUUACUGUUUUUAUGGUAAUGGGGUGAGUUUGGGUUAAGAUCCAUAGUUAUUUGGUGUUUAUGUUGUGAACUGUUGUUUAAAAGGUAGGCUUUAUUUUGGUGCAACUUGUAUGCUGUGUUAUUAUUGUUCGAGAGAACAGUCCUCUCAAAUUGACUGCACUCUAAAUGCAACUUUCUUGUGAGGAAUUUAGUGACAAUAAGGCUUAAACGGUUGUCUUUAUUUUUAGAUAACUCA